UGAGGCAAGUUCGGCUCUGGGAUUGCUCACUGUUCUCCUUCAAAGAGGAGUGACUGGCUGCACCUGGACCGCAGCAGCACCUGCAGGUGAACCCAGAGGGACCUGAGGAGGAGCCUGUGUCCUUGGGAGGCUGCUCACUGCAGGAUCGAGAUGACCACAGCCACCACUCUGGGGGACGCAAUCUUCUCCCUGAACAUGACUAGAGGAGAAGACUUCCUGUAUAAGAGUUCUGGAGCCAUCGUGGCUGCCGUCGUGGUGGUUGUCAUCAUCAUUGUCACCUUGGUUCUGAUCCUGCUGAAGCUGUACAACAGGAGAAUGAGAUCCAGGCGGGAGCUGGAGCCCAAGAGCCCAAAGCCACCUGUCCCUCCUGCCUUGGACCCAAGCAGCAAUGGUGGCCAGCAGCCUGCUACUGUGACCUUCAACCCUGGGGACGUCCAAGUGGAGACUCGGUGACUGUGCCCUGCUGCCACCCCUGCCUCUGCAGACAGCUUUUAUGACCUGAAAGCACAGUCUUCUGGCAGCUUUACUGAGUUCUUUCUGGAUGGGUAAACUGAGGCACGCCUUUUUUACAGCCCUUGCAGCUUGCAGCCAUCCUUUGCCACCCCAGCUAUGUCCAUAUCCCUGCUGCCACUCUCCUGAAGAGCUGCGGACAUUCUUUUGUCCCCAGAUGAGAAGCUGGGGCUACUGUUCUGAGUCUGGUCCUCACCUCACAAGUGUUAAAGCCGGGCAGACUGACACCUAGUCUUCUGGUCAGGAAGGGUCAGAAAGUGCUAAUGAAAGUGCCACCCAGGGAGCCACUGGGAGCAUGUCCGCAAGUCUCUCUCAUCCCUAGUCAGGCACAGGGGAACCAAUGUGGACCAACUAACCCUGCAACUAACUUGGUAAUGUGGAACCUGUUCCAGGAUAGAUGGGUGGUCAGCGUUCCCCCGCUUGAACAAAGGGUACAAGAGGCUGUGAUUACAAGGCCAGCUUUGGCUGCA